UUUUGUUUCCUGUUUGGAAAGCAGCAAGCGACAAACAGCAGCAAAACUCCUAACAUGUUAAUUAUCUUUAAUGAAAUAUGAUCUGAGAUUAAAUCCGGAUUUAAUGGAGACGAACUCAAAAGCCUCCGGAGGACGAGAGAAGGAGUGUGUGUGUGUGCCCGUCAAAGGUUGUCUGCUGUCUGACAAUGUGUCUCUGCCCUCUUACUCUGAGUAUCCUGCGGGACGACCCUUCAUAAACACACCCCUGAGCAACACACACCGAGCCGUCAAAGCCUUCCCAGAGAGCAGCGGUGCAGCGAUUAUUUCAGCACUGAAGAACCUGCAGGAGAAGAUCCGUAAUCUGGAGCUGGAGCGCAGCGACGCACAACAGAAGCUGCAGAGCAUCUCCAGAGAAUCCACUCGCUCACACACCAGAGACCAGCACACACGCAAAAACCAAGAUGUGCUUUCUCAGUUAUCUGCAGCUGAAGCUCGAUGUUCUCGUCUGGAGAAGCAGUUAAAUCACAUGAGAUCAGCAGUGAGAAACACACAAUCAGACAGAACGGCUGUGCUGCGACAACAGGUCUCUCUGGAGCGUCUGGGCUCUGUGCAUCAGGCUGAUGUCCAUCAUAAGCUGGCUGUUCUAGAGCAGGAGCAUCACAGACUGACGGAGACUCAGAGCUGCGCCGAGAGGAAGAUCCAGCAGCUGGAGAGGAAACUGCAGGAGGAAGAGCAGCAGAGGAAGAGGAUGCAGGACACAGCCACACAGUUGCAGACGGGUCUAGAAGCCAAUCGUCUGCUCAUCCAGUCUGUGUCUCCCCGUCCACAUAAAUCCAGCAAAAUCAAGCAGAAGAAAAUCUCAUCUAAGAAGACACACUCGCCGCAGCCGCAUUACAGACUGAGUCUGGGGGAUGUGCCGUUUGUGACCGGGACGUCAACAGCCUCCAGUCACUCAGUGAGGGCGAAUGUCCAGCAUGUCCUCCACCUGAUGAAGCAGCAUCAGCCUCAUCUGUGUAAUGAGCAAGUGUUGGGCGGCGGCUGCUCUUCCUCUUCCUCCACUUCCUCUUCCUGUUCCUGCAGUGAGGAUCUGUCGGAGCUGCUGCUGACGCUGCAGGAUGAGCUCGGACACAUGAGCUUUGAGCAGCAGGACUUGUCCAGACAGAUACAGUUCUGCUCUUCAGUUCUCCGUCAGGAUCUGGAGCUGCAGAUGGAGAAUCUGCUGAAGAGGAUGGAGAAUAAAGCUGAGCAGAUCUCUAAACUCCGCCGCUGCCAGACACAGUGCUGUAAACAGAGUCGAGUGUGCAGCAGUGGAUCUGGAGGAUCUGCAGCAGUGACGACGCUGAAACACAAACCUGGAGACAGAAGUCGAGACAGUCUGCGUCUGCUCAAAGACCUGCGCUCGCUGCAGAACACACUGCGCUCAGACCACACACACUGACACACACACACACACACACACACACACACAUAUAU